UGCUAUCAUCAUUUCAUAGUCGGAUAAGUUUUCGAUAACUAGAGGAGCAUGCCCACUACCAGCUAACCUAAAAAUUAUGUAAUUGGAGUAAAGUCACACUAGUCACUUACCAACCUUUUCAACUGCUCUUGUGCCUUUUUCCGAGCCUUCUUUUUACUCUUAUUAGUGGGGUCGACUUGGUUCAUUAACCAUUUUAUACUAAUGAAUGUUACAGCCGAAACCAAGGUUAACCUCACAACUAAACUUAUGAUUUCAUUACGGGUAAAAGCAGCAUCGGCCAUUGCAAUUUAUCGCCGAAAUUUCAAUUACACAACGUUUGAUGAUUUUAAACCCGGGGCAUCCCACUAUUACGAAGAAAUGUAAAAGUUAGUGUCACUUGUCAACUGUCAUGUGUGGGGGUUGGCAUAACUUUGUCACUAAAACUGGCGCAAGAUUUGAAUUUUUAAAAUGAAUUCUAUAGCCAACAGUGCGCAUCCGCACAUUUUUCAGCUUCAUGUUUUCAGAAACGACGCUUCAGCAGUAUAGCGUCCGCUUUCAAACUGCCUCCGGUAACGUAUUCCACAAUUUUGCGCUUCAAUUAAAAUACAUGGAUCUUGCAACCAACUCAUCAACUCUUAACGUUACAGCGCAUGACUCUUUCCAGAUAUCGGACAACACAAUAACUUUCAUAAUCGGCUUUAGCAUCCUUAUUUUAUUCGUGAUUUUGGGGAUGUUGGCAAGCGCUUUCUUAUGUAUCACUCUCAAAAAAGACCCUUACUUGUGGGAGGCCGAGAGAGAUCGUCAGCUCCAAGACCAAAACGAACCCGAAGGAGGGACCAACUGCAAACAAAGGGACAAAUUGACAAUGAUGGAUGAAGUCACACAAAUUUGAUUACGUUAUAAUUUUUGAUUAAAACAAAUUUUUGUUCCA